AGUGCGUCAACGCGGAAGUUCAGGGUUGAGAGGACGCUAGUGGACAAUAAUAGGAGCUUAUUAGUGAGCAAUACGAUUGAAACAUGUCAGGCGGAAAAGAUGAGGGAGAAAAUGCACUACCUUGUGUUUUAAUAACAAGUUGUGACCCGGGAUUUAAAGAAGACGAGCUUGUUAGGCAGAUCUUAGGUGCAUCAUCGCUACCACAACCCACUAAAAACGAGGACGUAGUAGUUUGGUAUCCCUGGACCAUCAACAACAAAUACUACACUGCAAAUGUCAGCCUUUGUGUUGUGCCAAGUCCAUUCAGCAUGAAUUCAGAAGUUGCUCAGUCCACCCAAGCUUUCAUUGUCUACUUUGACAGUAAAACUAAAGAUGGCCUUGCAGCUGUCACUCCAUGGGUUGCACUGGUGGAGGAACUGGCUCCUGAGGUGCUCAUCUUGGUGUGUGACCAUGUUUGUGAAAAUGGUGUAAACAGACAGGAAGCUCAGCAGUGGUGCCUGGCUCAUGCGUUUGAACUGGUGGAGCUCAACCCUGAGGAGCUGCCUGAUGAAGAUGAUGACUUUCCAGAGUCCACAGGAGUGAAGAGGAUCAUUCAGGCUCUUAAUGCUAAUGUGUGGUCCAGUGUGGAGAUGAAGGAUGAACACAAUCAGGGAUUUGGUCUGAUGAGCAGUUUGGUUGCAUCUCGUCACAACAACCCACGAUCCAUAGCAGAAACACAGUCGAACAGUGCAGACGAGAACACAGAAGAACAGAAGACAGGAAGCUGUCAGAACAGUACAGAGGAGGUGGACUCGAUAGUAGACCCAAUGACUGACCUGGACAUUCAGGAGUUGGCCAACCUCACAGCUGGAGACGCAGACGUGGACAACUUUGAGCGUCUGUUUACUAAACUGAAAGAGAUGAAAGACAAAGCUUCUUCACUGCCACACGAGCAAAGGAAGGUGCAUGCAGAAAAGGUAGCCAAAGCAUUUUGGAUGGCAAUCGGCGGGGACCAGGACGAGAUUGAGGGUUUGUCUUCAGGGGAGGAGAGCUAAAGCAGAAUUCCUUUCCCAGCACCAGCCUGUUGCCCAGAAUCCUCCAGCACUGCCGUGUGAGUCACAGCCGGACUCUUGGGCAAGGUGGCAUAAAAGACGCAGAGAGGUUCCUUAUGAGACUCUGGUUAUUCCUCUCUCCAACACCAGCACCUCAGUAACUGAGUGCACAGCAAUUAUGGGCUGCUGGCUUUUAAACACUGUAAUCUAAGUUGGAUAGGAGAGGGUGUGGCAGCCAAGAGAUUACCCAAAAUUACUCUUGAGUGGGUCUAAACCAAGAUCUGUAAACCCAUCCACGUAUUACAUUGUUACUGUGUGUGUGUGUGUGCUCAUGCUCGCUCUUUUUUUUUUUGUUAUGAGGGCAGAAGGCAUUUACUAGUUUGUUUUUGAACUCUCCUGUCCAGAAUAUACAGGAGUGCUUGAAAGUUUGCGAGCCCUUUAGAAUCAUACUUGUGCAAAAAUGUAGAACAUUCUAAAAAAGGUCCCAAACUUUCAAGCACCACCAGCCUUAAUUAUGGAUCAAGUGUGGUUGGUUGGGCAUUCAAAUAAUGUUUAAAAUAACCUUACGUUUUUAUAGUUACAACCUGAACAAGCCACCAUGUUAAUAAUUAACGUUUCUGAUAUAAAAUACUAUUCAUUAAA